AUGAUUGGCAGCAGCCAGUUUUGGGAGUGCGAGAGGGAGGCGCCUCUUUUGAAUCGCAACGCGAAUUUUUUUACUCCUGAGUCUGCUGAUGAGUUGCUGCAGAGGGCUCAGCGCCUGAUGCUGCUGUUAGAAGAAAGACACGGGAAGGACGCAAUUGAACAACUCGAAAUUAAACCAAAUUGUGAUGACGAAGCGGCGAAGCGCAUCUUCCUACUUGACGCGGAAAGAACCUUCAAAUCCCAAGAGUGCAGACAGAAGCUCGUUGAGGUGUUGUCGUCUCUGUGGCCUGAACUGCUAGACUACCACCAGGGGUUGGGCUUUGUAGCGUCAUUUUUACUGCUUUUGCUGCCUGCCGAGGAUGUGUUGCGUUUGUGUGUGGGGCUGCAUCGGCUGUACGUACAGGGGUAUUUCAAAGCAGCUCCUGUGGCUUACGUGCGAGACGCACGAGUCAUGCAAAAGCUGGUAGAUGAGAGGAUGCCCCGUCUCGGUGUCCAUCUAAAAGAGCUGGCUUGUGCUGAGGCGUACGCUAGCAAGUGGUUUGUUGGUUUAAACGUGCACGUGCUGACGUUCGAGGCUCUUUUUGACUUCUUUGAAGCUCUCCUUGAAACGGGAGACGUAUUUCUUUUCCAGUUUGCCAUCGCUCUGCUACAAAACUGCGAAGAAGAACUUCUCGCUUCUGCUAAUGCAGCAGAAGCCCUUGAAAUACUCAGGCUGGAUGCGGCGCGCUACACCAACAAACACAAAGCCAAAGAUAACGAACAAGAUGGAUCCUUUUUCCUGAAAAUUGUUAAUGAUGCAAAAGCUGUACAGAUCGAUGAACAGCACAUUCAGCUGCUGAGAGAGGAAGCCUUAGAAGAUCUCCGGCUCGAGGAAGAGAGGCGAAAGCAAAGGGACAAAGAGCUGGGCUUGGACUCAGACGAUUCCAUCGUAUUUUCUGACGAGGAGGAAGAAGAGGAGGAAUCUAAAGGCAGCUCAGAAGAGGAGAAACCAAUGGUAGAAAAGGGAAAGGGGGAGAAAUCAAAACCCCUCAAUGAUUCAUCUGUCGAAAAGAGAGAAUGCGCUGAGUAA